AUGGAAGAGCGUACUCAAGGGCGCAAGUCCGAAAGCGAGAGGCAGGCCAGCCAGCCUUCUUACGCAGCGUCUUCGAUAGUCGACAACAAGGAGAAACUCGAAUACUCGGAACACAACGAGCCCGUCGCCGAGGACAAGCCAGCAGAGAAACCCGAGGAGACUGUCACCUACGCGAAAGGUGCCGAAGCAGUAUUCGUAAUGCUUGCACUAUUGCUCAGCAUCACCCUGUGCUCUUUAGAUCAGACCAUCGUGGCAACAGCAAUCCCCAAAAUCACCGACCAAUUCCGACAAUUAAAUGACAUCUCCUGGUACGGCUCGGCAUACUUCCUGACCCUCGGAGCGUUUCAAUCUCAAUGGGGAAAGAUUUACAAAUAUUUUCCUCUCAAGACCAGCUUCUUGGUCGCGAUUUUCAUUUUCGAGCUUGGAAGUUUGAUUUGCGCUGUCGCCCCAAACUCGACAACGCUGAUUGUCGGGAGAGCGAUCUCUGGGGUGGGAGGUUCGGGGAUCGUGCCCGGCGUGUACACUAUUGCUGCAUUGUCCGCUGAGCCUACGAAGAGGGCGACCUAUAUGGGCGUUAUUGGUGUUUCAUAUGGCUUUGCUGCAGUCAUUGGACCGCUCAUUGGUGGAGCAAUCGCUGGUUCGACGACAUGGAGAUGGUGCUUCUGGAUCAAUCUUCCAGUCGGAGGGCUGGCAGCGCUAGUCAUCUUCAUCACAUUCAAAACUCCGUCCGCCGCAAAGCUCGUCCAGGCCACCCUCAAGGAGAAGUUCUUGAACAUGGACUUCCCAGCAACGGUGUUGAUCAUGGGUGCAUCCACAGCCUUGAUCUUGGCUCUGCAGUAUGGUGGCGUGACGCAUCCAUGGAAUUCCAGCAUCGUGAUCGGGCUCCUGGUGGGGUUCGUAGUCAUCGUGCUUGCGCUCACAGUCUUGGAAAUAUGGCAGGGUGAGCGGGCCAUGCUGACACCGCGCCUUUUACUUCAACGUUCCGUUUGGGUCAACUGUGCAUGGGGAUUCUUCUUCACAGGCGGGUAUUUCGUAACACUUUAUUAUCUACCCAUCUACUUCCAGUCCAUUGACAAUGCAAGCCCGAUCAGCUCCGGUGUACGGAACAUACCUCUCAUCGCGUUACUGAGUAUUGCCACUGUUGGUUCAGGCUUGCUUACGACGAAGACCGGCAUUGCAGCUCCAUAUCUGCUGGCGAGUUCGGUGAUCACGACCAUUGGAUCCGGCUUGCUAUUCACCCUGGACGUUGGAACACCGACAGGACAGUGGGUCGGUUAUCAAAUCUUGACCGGCUUCGGAUACGGCCUGGGCUUUCAAAUUCCAGUCGUGAUUGCGCAGACCUUUUCUGCACCGAGCGACCUCGCGCCUGUGACAGCGAUUGUCAUAUUCUUCCGGUCCAUGGGCGCCACAUUCUUGCUCGCAGCCGCAGAAGCAGGAUUCGCCAACCAGCUUGUGGCGAGGCUGGCCAUCACAGCACCAAGCGUUGAUCCUGCCGCAGUCACGGCCACCGGUGCCACGAAAUUACGCGAGGAGUUUGCGGGAGCUGAGCUGGAUGGUAUCUUGCAGGCGUAUGCGUGGGCUAUCCAAGUCGCUUUUGCAAUCACUAUUGCGGCAUGUGGCCUGAGUGUCAUUUUUGCCUUGUUCACGCGAUGGGAUAACGUAAAUGCGAAGAAAGCCGAGACGGUGACGCAGGCGAAGGAAGCCGAAGCUUGA